AUGCGACAACUCGUCGUCGAAGUCGCUGCGUCGGGCACCGCGUCAAGCGUCGCACGCGUGUCCCCAGCCACAUUCAAGUGCCUGGGUGCAGCUUGGGGGUCCUACGUCUCACUCCAGUGCAGUGACGUCCCCGACCGAGCGCGGGUGUUCCGACUGGAAGUGGAUACACUUAUCCGCGCCAACGACCGGAUCCUGAUCGAUCAUUGGCCAAAAUGUGACACCAAAAGCGAGACCUCUUGUAAAUGUACCAGUACACUAACAACUGGGAGUCCGGUACAUGUGACAUGUGUGACGCCAGCAGAUAUUCAAGUGGCGCAGGUGCUGACACUUGCGCCUGUGACGGGUGACAAGCAGCUGAAGCUGGCGCUCCCGUUCGUCCAGAGUUUACUGCAGCGUCGCGUCUUAAUGGACCGCUGUGGAUCCAUUGCUCUGCAAUGGGAUGGCGUGGACUAUGGCGAGUGGACGUAUGAGGCGUUUUUUCCAGGACGCAGUCGAGAUCGGGACAAUUAUCAAGUCCUUACGGAUUUUGACGGUGGCAUCGUGACGGAUCAGACGCUCGUGCUGAUGUUCCCGUCUGUGAUGUCGUCCAUGGCUGAGAAGUUGCGUGGAUCAGGGCGGUAUUAUCCUAUUGGGGCUCAUUCCCGCACAUGCCGAGAGCUGGUGGCAAUGGCAUUACGGCAGACGUCGAGCUGCGGAGCAAAUGGGGCGACGCAGGUUGGUGCUAUAACCUUUCAUUCGCUGUUGUUGCACGCACCAAGUGGCGCAGGCAAGACAACGCUAGUCAAGCAAAUUGCAGAAGACCUGGCAGCGACUUUGCUGGUGCUCGACGGCGGGUUGCUCGCGUCGCCACAAUUGCGACUGGAAGAUUUUUUUUCGGCCGCACUUCGCAUGCAGCCGUGUGUGCUGUUGCUGGAAGAUCUAGAGCUGAUGUUUCCGAUGACGUUGGACGAAGCCAAGUACCGACUCGUGUGCCGCCUUGUAAAAUGCUUCGACAGUUUUCAAAAGUUGGGUCUGGUCCGAAUUGCAGUCGUUGGAACUGUGUCUGUGCUCAACGCGCUGCACUCCAAAGUGCGGCAGUUGUUUGCGGAAGAAGUAUAUCUUGACGUUCCUGAGAGACAAUGGACGAUUGGUCUACUUCAGUCAUUGCUUCCAUCGUCACCGAUGCUGCGACAUGAGUUCAUUUCGUCCUUAGCUGUUCGGUAUGGUCAACGACCGAGCAAUAUCGUAUCCAUCGCUCAACAAAUUUGCGCGCGUCUGUCACGGGAAGAUCGUCACGCCGUUUCAGUGGAGAGUUUCGAAUCCGAGAUUGCUGCUUUGGCGCGUGGAAUCUCAAGUAGUUGCAAUGGUGCGGAUACACUCAGUGUUUCCAUUCCAGAUGUCUCAUGGGAUGACAUUGGCGGGCUAGAGGGCGUCAAGCAAAAGCUAGUGGAGAUGGUGGUGUGGCCGUUGGAGAAACCGGACGUGUUUCGUCGGAUGGGCAUCUUUCCACCUUUAGGCAUGGUAUUGCACGGUCCACCAGGAACUGGAAAGACCAUGCUUGCCAAAGCUACAGCGAAAGCGAGUGGCUGCAACUUUCUCAAUCUUGCAGCAAGUGACCUAAUGAAGGGUGAAAUUGGCGAGAGUGAAAAGUCGAUCACGCGCGCGUUCGACACGGCCCGCGCGCUCAGUCCGUGCAUGGUUUUCAUCGACGAAUUCCAGUCCCUCUUUGGCAACCGAUCGACAGCUGGCCAGACAACUUCCGGGAUGAUUUCUCAGCUCUUGAUGGAGCUCGAUGCUUUGAAAGCCGUGUCCGACGACAGAGAUGCACAUGAUGAAGUGCAUGCGUCUACCAGUGUUGCUGCUGGCCGAGUUUUUGUCCUCGCAGCAACAAACGCCUUGUCUGCCAUCGAUCCUGCGUUUCUCCAACCAGGUCGAUUUGAGAAUGUGGUGUAUGUUGGUCUUCCGAAUGCCACCGAGCGUGAGGCCAUUCUGGAGACUCAACGUAAGAAAAUGCCGUGGAACUACGAUGUCGACCUCGCUAGACUUGUGGAGGACACAGACGGUGCUAAUGCUGCAUCGAUCAUUGCACUGUGCCAGGCUGCAGCUAUCCAGGCCAUGCAACGGGUAGCUUCCGACGCACCAGUAGACGAACAGUGUAUUGCAAUGGUCGACUUCGCCACAGCUUUAGUAAAAGGGACUUUCGAUUUUCAAAACCAAUAG